GGAGAUAACUGCAAGCGAACUAGUUGCGAACACGCGGGAACUUGAGGUCAUCCUUUUAUCACACAUAACAACAUGGCUGACGAUCAAACACAAUUCGAAACUUUGUUGGGAAAUCUUCUUAGCGUGGAUAAAGACAUUCGGACACACUCCGAGGCUACCUAUGGCAACAUCCCAGCUCCCAACAAGAUGACGUUUUUGAUUGGAGUGUUACAGAAUACAAGCGCCUCUGUACCGAAUCGCUCUUUGGCAGCUGUAUUAUUGCGGAAGCUCUUCACAUCCAAAUUUGACGAUGCCUGGGGUAGCUUAGUGCCUGACUCUCAAAUUGCUAUCAAAACGUAUCUUAUGAAUAUUAUCCACCAAGAAGAAAAUCCUAUUGUGCGCCGGAAAGUAUGUGAUGCCAUUGCUGAACUUGCACGAAACAUGUUGGAUGAGGAGGGUAAUAUGACUUGGCCAGAUAUACUGAAAUUUCUCUUAGACUGCGCAAGCUCUGAAGAUCCUCGACUUAAAGAAAGUGCACUUCACAUCUUCAGCUCUGUUCCUGGAGUUUUUGGUGUUGCCCAAAAUCAGCAUUUGGAUACCAUUAAAAGAAUGUUGGGGGUGUGUUUACAAGACAAAGCAAUUGAUGUUCGGUAUGAAGCUGUUCACGCUACAACUGCAUUUAUAAUAGCAAAUGAAAAACAGUUAAAUGUUCUGAACCACUUCAGAGAACUUCUUCCUGGUAUUAUAAAUGGAGUAGCAGAAAGUGUAAAUUCCGACCAUGAGGACUGCCUUGUUAAAUGCCUGAUUGAACUAGCUGACAAUGUACCCAAAUUCCUGCGAAGUCAUUUAGAAUUAAUACUGCCAUUUUGUAUGAAGGUAGUAUCCAAUCGGGAAGCUGACGAUCAUCGACGGCAACUGUCACUAGAAGUAAUUGUUGCUCUGUCAGAAACAGCUGCUGCUAUGGUCCGCAAAAACUGGAAGUACAUCCCAAAUUUGGUUCCUGAAACGCUUGCACUUAUGGUAGACCUUGAAGAGGAUCCUGAUUGGGCUCAAAAAGAUGAAGCUGAUGAUGAUGACAUAGAAAGUAAUGCCAUAGUCGGUGAGAAUGCACUGGAUCGUCUUGCCUGUGCUUUGGGAGGCAAAACUAUUUUGCCUCCCAUUGUAUCUCAUAUACCUCAGAUGUUGACGAAUGCUGAUUGGCGUUGCCGACAUGCCGCAUUAAUGGCCAUUUCUGCUUGUGGUGAAGGCUGCCAUACCCAAAUGGAGCAAAUGCUAGCCAAUAUUGUUGAAACUGUGUUACCUUAUCUGAAAGAUCCGCAUCCACGAGUACGUUAUGCUACAUGCAAUGCACUUGGUCAGCUCUCUACUGAUUUUGGUCCAUGUUUUCAAAAGAAAUUUCAUGAUAAGGUUGUAGAUGCACUUCUGCUUACUAUGGAUGAUGAUGAAAAUCCCCGUGUCCAAGCCCAUGCUGCAGCUGCUCUGGUCAAUUUCAGUGAUGACUGUCCCAAAUCUAUCCUCCUUGAAUAUCUCGAUACUAUACUAGGAAAGCUUGAACAAGUGCUGAAUAAAAAGCUCCAUGAGUUGGUUGAGAAAGGCCGCAAGUUGGUGUUGGAACAGGUGGUUUCUACUUUAGCUGCAGUGGCCGACACAGCAGAAGAAAAAUUUGUCCUCUAUUAUGAUAAGUUCAUGCCCUGUUUGAAAUAUAUUGUUCAGCAUGCUACAAGAGUUGAAUUAAGGCUCCUUAGAGGGAAAACAAUAGAAUGCAUAAGUUUAAUAGGACUCGCUGUUGGCAAAGAGAAGUUCAUGCAAGAUUGCAGUGAAGUGAUGCAGCUACUUUUGAAAACACAAACCGAUAUGAAAGAUUUACCUGAUGAUGAUCCACAGAUAUCUUAUAUGAUUUCUGCUUGGGCUAGAAUGUGUAAAAUUUUGGGCACGGAAUUCCAACAGUACCUUCCUAUGGUUAUGGGACCUGUUUUGAAAGCUGUUGCAAUACAACCAGAUGUGGCUGUUGUUAAUAGUGAUGAUAUGAAAGAAAUGGAAGAUGACACAGAUUGGCAAUUUGUUACUUUAGGCGACCAACAAAGUAUAGGUGUACGUACUUCUGGUCUUGAGGAGAAAGCUACAGCCUGCCAAAUGAUUGUCUGUUAUGCUCGUGAACUGAAGGAGGGUUUUGCUGAAUACACAGAAGAAGUAGUCAAACUAAUCGUACCACUGCUAAAGUUUGUUUUCCACGAUGAUGUCAGAGUAUCUGCUGCUGAAUCUUUGCCUUACCUCUUAGAGUGUGCCAGAAUCAAGGGAGACCACUACGUAGCUGAUAUGUGGAACUAUAUCUGUCCCAAUUUAUUAAAGGCCAUUAUGUACGAACCCGAGCGUGCUGUUGUUCCGGACCACCUGGCAUCUUUAGGAAAGUGUAUUGAAAGUCUUGGCAAAGGUUGCUUAUCACAAGAUCAUAUGUGCGAACUGGUUGCUAUUAUCGAUUCAUUCAUGAAGGAACACUUCAGCCGGCAAGAAGAAAGAAUAGAAAGAAGAAAAGAUGAAGAUUUUGAUGAAGUAGCAGAAGAGGAACUACAAGAGGAGGACCUUGAAGAUGUUUACAUUUUGAGCAAAAUUUCUGAUAUCAUUCAUGCAUUGUUUGGUACCCAUAAAAAAGAUUUUAUUCCAAUAUUUGAUACAAUGUCACAGCAUUUUGCUAAGCUGCUAAAUCCAGACCGACCCUGGGCUGACCGACAAUGGGGGUUGUGUGUUUGGGAUGAUGUUGUUGAACAUACAGAUGUCGCAGCAAUUAAGUACAGAGACUUUUUUGUGCCCCAAAUGGUUCAGUCAAUCUGUGAUAAACGUCCUGAAGUUCGCCAGGCUGCAUCUUACGGCAUUGGUGUCAUGGCAAUGUUUGCAGAACCUGUUUUUCAUCAAGUCUGUGUCGAAUCUUUACCAAUGUUAGUGAAAGUAAUCCAACUACAAGAUUCUCGAGAACCAGAAAACCUUAGUGCCACAGAGAACAUCAUUUCAGCUGUUACCAAAAUCUGCAAAUAUUGUCCAAACCACGUCAACGUAGAUGAUAUUCUGCCUCAUUGGCUCAGCUGGUUGCCAAUUUGGGAAGACGAAGACGAAGCAGAGCAUGUCUACAACUACCUUUGUGAUCUAAUUCAAAUAAACAAUGUGAUAAUUCUCGGAGAAAAUAACAACAACUUACCCAGAAUUUUCGACAUUAUGGCAACAACUUUUCACAAAGAAGUUUUGAAAGCAGAUAAUCCUGUUUAUCAAAGAAUGCUCAAUAUUCUGAGGCAAGCCCAGACAAAUGCGGACUUAUUUAAUGCAUGCAUCUCGCAGUUAUCUGACAACCAAAGAAACACUUUAUCAGCUGUGCUUGCCGCUCCACCCAUGAAUAACUAACAAGAAAAGAUUGCAGGCAAAGCUCACAAUUCCAGCGUGACACUUCCUCUUACCUCUUAAUCCCCCCUGUCUUUCUGCAUAUAUUAAAUUUAAUAUAUACACACACAUAUAUGCAUUCAUAUAGAUGUAUAUAUACAUAUAUAUAUUUAUAUAUAUUUAUAUGUGUGUAAAUGUACACACGCACACAUAUAUAUAGCCACAUACAUAUAUAUGUACAUGAAUAUAUAUAAUAUAUAUACAUAUAUAUAUAUUAUACUGGAAUAACCAUUGAGGCUGAAAUCACAAUUUAGUCCUCUACCCAAAUAUACACACCUUAUGCAUACACCUUCUCUCUAUAUAUACCUUUCUCCUCUCUCAAUGUUUUAUUCUUUCGGUUUCUACUGAUUGAAAGCCCUACCUAUUUCAGUUGUUUUUUUUUUUUUUCCACCAACCCCCUCCUUAUGCAUUAACAAUUUUGUGGGCUUUAUUUGAGCAACAACAAUAACAAAAACAGAAUGCAAUAUUGAUAUGAAAAGAAAAAAAAGCAAGAAAAACUUAAUAAGCUUGGCUCAUUCAAAACAAUAAACAAGAAAACUAUUCUCAAGA